AUGUUUGGCACACGCGGUCUGUCGAGGGCUGCCAUUAGAGGCAGUACCAGGAUUCCUUUAAUAAAUCCUGCUUCGCCGGCUCGAUCUUUGUCGUCCAUUGCCUCUCGUCCUAUUCCUUCUACCAGCCGAAAUGACCGGAUACGAUUGAAAGCUAGCUCAUACUUGCCGCCGGCAUCCGUCUCGAGUCUGUCGUUCGUUCGAUUCAAUUCGACGUCCCCAGAAAAUGCUGCUGCCCAAGCUACCGAAAAUGUCACGCCAUUGGGAGAACCCCAGCUUCCCAACAUCGAAGAUAUCCCCGAAAAAAUUGGAUAUUUAAAAGAACUUGGUCUUGACUAUGGCUGGGGUCCAUCAGCUUUCAUGGAAUGGUUAAUUGAGCAUAUUCACAUCUGGGGCGGAAUGUCAUGGUGGGCGAGUCUUGCCGCCGCUGCCUUAGUCACGCGUAUAGCUCUUUUCCAUCCUUCGCUCAAGGCAGCAGACAAUGCAGCCAAGAUUGGUCCUAUCAAAAAUGAGAUGACGCUGCUCAGAACAAAACGAAUGCAGUUUCUUUCCCAGGGGAGACAAUUGGACGCCGCCAAGGCCAAAGUAGAACUGGAUGAUCUCCUCGAAAAGCACGACAUCAAGGCGUGGAGAACCUACGUUCCUAUGCUUCAGGUUCCUCUUGGUUUCGGUAUCUUUCGAGUCGUGCGUGGAAUGUCUGAACUGCCUGUUCCAGGUCUUGCGAUGGAACAUUUUGUCUGGAUUCAUGAUCUCACGAGUUACGAUCCUUAUUACGUACUCCCUCUGCUGGCGACAAGUUUUAUGUAUUUCACUAUGAAGGUGAGUUUGCUUUUCUGCCCCGUCUUCAUCGCCCAACAAGCUGACAUACUACAGAAAGGAGUGGACACCGGUUUGAACGAAAUGGGGCAGAGUGCUAUUGGUAGAUUUUUCGUGAUUGGACUACCAGCCAUAUCUCUUUUGUUUAUCGCGUGGCAACCGGCCGCUUUGCAAUUGUAUUUCGCCGCCUCCGGUGCCUUUUCGCUGAUACAGGGAUAUCUAUUCAAUACUGACGCGACGCGCAAAAUGCUUGGGAUUACCCCACUCUAUCGCCCUCCUGCUGGCGAAGGCAGAGACGGUCUCCGAAUGAUCCAAGAGGAAUUUCUGUCCCAGAUGAAAAAAAUGAACGAAAGAGGCGAAUUUUCUGGAUCCCCCAAGAAAGUCGAGAACGUCAGCAUGGUGGACAAAAUGGUCAACAACGCCAAGAAGGAGUAUUCAACCAUGAAGAGAGAAAUGGGCGACAAAGUCAAGAGCUUCACAGAUGCGAAUGCGGAUAGGAAGAAUCAUGACGGAACCCCAGCUGCGGCACCUCGGUUGUCCACUGCGGAGAAGCAGAGUGCCGAAUCUUAUAAGGCGCAGAGAGAGAUUGAGGAUGCGCAUGAAUUGGCGGAACGCAACCGACGACGGACACAGGAAUAUGAAGCUUUUAUUGCGCAGCAGCAGAUGAAUGCCAGUCAGGCAUGGAAGCAGAAGGGCAAGGAGGCGCUGAAAAAGACGGCUAAGAAGUCGAAACCAAAGAAAUAA